CUAUUUCAAUUCAACUCCUUCUUGAAUUUUCCGUUUCGGAAUUGCUACUUGGGCGCAUCAAUGGUGGCAUAGAUUUUAGAGUGGUGCGCACUUCUGGUUCGAUUUCGAUCUCUGGUGAUUUAGAAUUGAGUGUUUCUCGAACAUGGCUGCUCCGUUUUUCUCAACGCCAUUUCAGCCUUACGUUUACCAGGCCUGAAAGGAGGUGAUAUGGGUUGAUGACAGACCAGUAACCAAUGGCUUUGAAUAAAAUCUCUCCUUCUUAAUAGCCCACAAGAUGCAAUGAUACCUUUUCAGAUUUUGGGUGGUGAAGCCCAGGUCGUACAGAUAAUGCUGAAGCCACAAGAGAAGGUUAUUGCAAGGCCUGGCUCCAUGUGCUUCAUGUCUGGGUCUAUUGAGAUGGAAAAUGUUUUUCUCCCCGAAAACGAAGUGGGCGUUUGGCAUUGGCUAUUUGGCAAGAGUGUUACUAGCAUCGUUCUUCGGAAUGCCGGUACAAGUGAUGGAUAUGUUGGAAUUGCUGCGCCUUCUCUUGCUAGGAUCCUUCCGAUUGAUAUGGCGAUGUUUGGUGGAGAGCUUCUAUGCCAGCCAGAUGCAUUCCUUUGCUCUGUCAAUGAUGUGAAAGUUAACAACACAAUUGAUCACAGAGUACGCAAUGUUGUCACAGGUGUGGAGGGGUUUCUUAGACAGAAGUUAUCAGGCCAAGGACUUGCCUUUAUUCUUGGGGGUGGAUCAGUUGUACAGAAAAAUCUCGAGGUUGGUGAAGUACUAGCAGUGGAUAUCUCCUGCAUUGUGGCUAUGACCACCACCAUUGAUGUCCAAAUUAAAUACAAUGGUCCUGUGAGAAGAGCAGUAUUUGGAGGUGACAACUUAGUGACUGCCACAUUAACAGGACCAGGCAUGGUGUUCAUACAGAGUUUGCCAUUUCAACGACUUUCGCAGCGUAUUGCGAGGGCCGUAACAUCCCCAAACAUGAGGGAAAAUCCAAAGUUUUUCGUUCAGCUUGCACUUUUCUUUUUUCUGGCGUAUGUUGUGAUUGUAUCUUCAAUAAUCUUGACAGAUGUAUGAUUUUAGAUCUUUAAAUCUCCCGGGGUGUUUAGGUAGGCUGAAAUUGGGAUAAGUAAUACAAAGCUUUAGGGGUCUGAGUUGGAUAACUUUUUCUUUCCUGUUAAUUAUUGGUUUUUAUUUUAUAUAUUGGAGAAGUUGUGCAGAUA